UUUUAAGCUUCCGUUCACUUCAGUCCUUCAAUUAUCAGCCGCUUUGGUUAGGUUUUCACAAUACCCACAAAUUUGUUUCCCUUCAAAUUUACCCAUAAAUUCAUCUUCACAUGGAUUUUAAUCUAUAGGGGUUUUUAUUGAAAAAAUCGGUUCUUCGCAUCACUCUCUCUAUAUAUCUGUUUAGGAACUCCGAGAAGAGGUAAAAAAUGGCUACUUUGAACCCAUUCGACCUUUUGGAUGAUGAUGCUGAGGACCCAAGUUUGCUAAUUGCUGCUCAGCAGCUAAAGGCUCCUGUUGCAUCUGCACCAGCCAAGAAGGGUCCAGUUCAGCCUACUAAGCCUGCUGCUAAGUUGCCCUCCAAGCCGGUUCCUCCUUCUCAGGCUGUGAGGGAAGCCAGGAGUGAUGGCCAGAGAGGAGGAGGCCGCGGGGGUCCACGUGGAGGAGCCCGUGGUCGUGGGCGUGGACGUGGGUUUAACCAAGACUUUGCUGCUGAUGAGAAUGCUUUUGGCAGCAAUAAUGGGUUCUCUGGGAGGUACAAUGCUCCAGAAAAUGGAGAAUCAGGAAAGGUCUCUGAAAGGAGAGGUGGAUACGGUGGAUCUCGUGGGGGGUUCUAUGGAGGUCGUCGUGGUGGUUUCAAUAAUGGGGAUGCUGCAGAAGGAGAAGUUGAACGCCCAAGGAAAGUGUUUGAUCGACGAAGUGGCACUGGCCGUGGGAAUGAGUAUAUUAAACGGGAGGGCUCUGGUCGUGGGAAUUGGGGAACUACUGCAGAUGAUAUUGCACCGGAGACUGAAGUACCUGUUAUUGAUGGUGAGAAGAUUGUUGAGGCUGAGAAACAAGCUGGACAGGAAGAUGCUGGAGAUAACAAUAAGGAUUCUACUGCUGCUGAGCCAGAAGAGAAGGAACCUGAGGAGAAGGAGAUGACCCUCGAGGAGUAUGAGAAGGUAAUGGAGGAGAAGAGGAAGGCUUUGGUGGCUCUAAAGCAGGAGGAAAGAAAGGUUAAUUUGGACAAAGAACUUCAAUCCAUGCAACUUCUCUCAAACAAGAAGAAUGAUGAUGAGAUCUUCAUCAAAUUGGGUGCUGAGAAAGAUAAGAAAAAGGAGGCAGUGGAAAAAGCCAAAAAGACUCAAAACAUAAACGAGUUUCUGAAGCCUGCUGAGGGAGAAAAUUACUACCGCUCUGGUGGGCGUGGUAGGGGCCGUGGCCGUGGAAGAGGUAAUGGCGGUGGAUAUGUUGGAAACAACAGCGUUUCAGCCCCAUCCAUUGAAGAUGUUGGCCAAUUCCCCUCCUUGGCUGCCAAGUAAGGGAGCAAGUCCUGUAUGGAUUAGUUAAAAGAGGAGCAACUCUUGUCAUCUAAGCCGUCUUCCUUUUUCCCAUCAUUUAUGAUAUUUGGCUUUUGAUGAUAACAGCAUAUUUCCCGGAACCUUUGGGCUCUCCUUUAUUAGAUUUUGUUUUGAGACCUUUAUAAUUGUUCUUUAGAGUGUAAAAUUUAGAUGUUUACUUAUCAAAUCAGUUUUGGUUGGAGUUUAUUCAAAAACAAUUAUGUUUCAUUUUCAAUUAUGAGUCUUAACUAGUUGUCGGUUGGAAAUAGUCUCUCUACCUU